GACAACGCAAACCAUUGUGUGUGAGAGACAGCGACAAAAAGGUAACAACAAAGGAGACCAUGGCAAAGAAGGUGGCAGUGAUUGGAGCUGGUGUCAGUGGACUGAUCUCUCUGAAGUGCUGUGUGGAUGAGGGACUCGAGCCCACCUGCUUUGAGAGGACCGAAGAUAUUGGAGGACUGUGGAGGUUCAAAGAAAAUGUGGAAGAUGGCCGAGCGAGUAUCUACCAAUCUGUCAUCACCAACACCAGCAAAGAAAUGUCCUGUUUCAGUGACUUCCCAAUGCCUGAAGAUUUCCCAAACUUCCUGCACAAUUCUAAGCUCCUGGAGUAUUUCAGAAUCUUUGCCAAAAAGUUUGAUCUUCUAAAAUAUAUUCAGUUCCAGACAACCGUCCUCAGCGUGAAAAGAUGCCCGGAUUUCUCAUCCUCUGGCCAGUGGGAGGUUUUCACCGAGAGCAAAGGCAAGGAGCAAAGUGCCAUCUUCGAUGCAAUUAUGGUUUGCAGUGGCCAUCACAUCCUCCCUCGCAUCCCACUGGAGUCAUUUCCAGGUAUAGAGAGGUUCAAAGGCCAGUAUUUUCACAGCCGCCAAUACAAGAACCCAGAUGGACUUGAGGGGAAGCAAGUCCUGGUGAUUGGAAUAGGAAACUCGGCCUCAGAUAUUGCCGUUGAGCUGAGCAAGAAGGCUUCUCAGGUGUUUAUCAGCACCAGGCAAGGUUCCUGGGUCCUCAGCCGUAUCUCUGACUGUGGCUACCCCUGGGACAUGGUGUUCCACACCCGGUUUCGCUCCAUGCUCCGAAAUGUCCUGCCACGAGCAGUUCAAAAAUGGAUGUUGGAACGGCAGAUGAAUCAGUGGUUCCACCAUGAAAAUUAUGGCCUGGAGCCUCAAAACAAAUACCUUAUGAAAGAACCUGUACUAAAUGAUGACCUUCCGAGUCGUAUACUCUACGGAGCCAUCAAGGUGAAAUCAAGAGUGACAGAGCUCACGGAAACUUCUGCCAUCUUUGAGGAUGGGACAGUGGAAGAGGACAUUGAUGUCAUUGUCUUUGCAACAGGAUAUACAUUCUCUUUUCCCUUCCUGGAAGACUCACUUGUGAAAGUAGAGGAUAAUAUGGUCUCGCUAUAUAAAUACAUGUUUCCUCCUCACCUGGAGAAGGCAACCCUUGCCUGCAUUGGUCUCAUCCAGCCCCUUGGUUCCAUUUUCCCAACUGUCGAACUUCAAGCUCGUUGGGUGACGAGAGUUUUCAAAGGCUUGUGUACCUUGCCCUCAGAGAGGGCUAUGAUGGAAGACAUUAUCAAGAGGAACAAAAACAGAAUUGACCUGUUUGGAGAGAGCCCGAGCCAGAUUCUGCAGACCAAUUACAUCGAUUACUUGGAUGAGCUUGCCGCGGAGAUAGGUGCGAAGCCAGACCUCCUCUCUCUCCUGUUCAAAGAUCCUAAACUGGCUGUGAAACUCUAUUUUGGACCCUGCAACUCCUAUCAGUAUCGCUUGGUGGGGCCUGGACGAUGGGAAGGAGCCAAGAGUGCCAUCCUCUCCCAGAAACAGAGGAUGCUGACGCCUCUAAAGACACGCACUCUAGAGCCGGCUUCCAACUUCCCAGUUUCGCUCCUGCUGAAAAUCCUGGGGCUUCUUGCUGUUGCUUUGGCCUUUUUUUUCUGACUUCAUGGUACUAACCCACCAGCUUGUGGCUUUAUUAUCAGUCAGUACC